CUCUCUCUCUCUCGCUCUCUCUCUCUCUCUCUCUCGCUCUCUCUCUCUCUCUCUCUCUCUCGCGCCCCCAACAAUAGAGUGGUGCGUACCAUCAUCACCGACUACAAUGGGGACGUUGCUCCGCGAAUAAACACCAUUUCCACGUGUACUGUCGCGGCGCGAACGUACAUGUCGCUCAUGGCUAAAAUAAACGGAUUUUAUUUGCACAUGAAACCCGUUUUUUCGGCGUGACCGGAGCGCGUCCGACGCCAAAUUCGCCCGCGUUUCGCCGGAGAGUCCCUUCGGAAGACGGUCCCUGGGCUCUUCUUCUCCUCCUCCUCGUCCGCCGCCUCCUCUUCCAGCAGGAGUACAUUUGAUACCGGAGACGCGGUACAGCCAUGGAUCCGAGCCGGGGAUUUAAAACCACGUCCCGCCGCCCAGUGAGGAUGGAAAGGAAAUAAAGGAAGAUUCACAACAAACGUAUCAGCAUUUCCUGAAACUUACAGCUGCUAGGCAACACUAUAACAGCCAGCCAGCCAGCGGAUCUGUGCCAUGCGAGUACCUGAGUACCGUCUCAGUGCCAGCAGGCUAAACGACGAUGCCUCGCUUCAGACCCCUGCCCGGCCGAGACAGCUUACUGUGUAACAUGGAUGUGAAAAAUGGCCGUGGACAGACUCGAGGGUCCCAAACGACUGAGCUCAGUUAGUGGUGUUGCAGCAGAAGGAUGCCGCUAGUGAAGCGCACCAUCGAGCCCCGGCACCUGUGCCACACGGUGCUGCCGAGAAACAUCAAGAACGAGCUGGAGUGUGUGACCAACAUCUCCUUGGCCAACGUCAUUCGCCAACUCAGCAGUCUCAGUAAAUAUGCAGAAGACCUGUUUGGAGAGCUGUUCAACGAGGCCCACUCCUUCUCUUUCCGGGUCAACUCCCUGCAAGAGCGCGUGGACCGCCUCUCCAUCAGCGUCACACAGCUGGACCCCAAAGAGGAGGAAUUGUCCCUCCAGGACAUCACCAUGAGAAAGGCUUUCAGGAGUUCCACUAUUCAGGACCAGCAGCUCUUCGACCGCAAGUCGCUGCCCAUCCCGCUGCAGGAGACCUUCGAGACCUGCGAGCAGCCGCCGCCCCUCAACAUCCUCACGCCCUACAGGGACGAUGGUAAGGAGGGUCUGAAGUUCUACACCAAUCCAUCCUACUUCUUUGACCUGUGGAGAGAGAAGAUGCUGCAGGACACAGAGGACAAGAGGAAGGAGCGGCGGAAACAGAAGCAGGAAAUGCCUUAUCUCGUGUGUCCCAAGGGCCUUAUAAGAGUCCUCUCUGAAACCCCUCCUCCCUUCCUCAGUGCCCCAGAGUUGCAGGAUCCCCGCAUGUAUGAUCAGGUCUAUAGGUACUUAGACCUUCCAGGGCAGAUGAAGGCAAUAGACCGUCCACCGGAACAGGAGAAGGUACCGCGGGCGCCUCACGAUCGUAAAAAGGAGUGGCAGAAGCUGGCACUGGGUGCAGAGCUGGCCCAGGACAUUCCUGAAGACAAACACAGAGAGGCCAACGGAUCUGUGGGUUACCAUAACAACAGGGCUGCCCAGUACACGGAGCCCGUGGACGGGCACUUCUCGCUGGCGGCGCUGCCCUACAGCCAGAUGAACGAGCUGCUGAACCGUACCGGGGACAGAAUGUAUUUGCGGCCCCACGACCCUCCACCGCCUCCUCCUCCCAUGCACCCACUGGGAGAGAUCAAGCCACCCUCUGUGAUCAGCUCCAGUUCGGGUUUUUCCGACAGCAGACCCCAGUCUCCGGCCCGGACGGCAGGACUCAACUCCAACACUCCUCCUCCUCCGCCACCCCCUCUCCCGCCCCCACCACCCCCCUUACCCUCCACAGGCCUGCGGGGCACCCCUCCUCCUCCCAUCCCUCCCCUACCGGUCCAGCAGCAGCCCCAGGCGAUCCCACCUGCCCCUGCUCCUCUCCAGAUCGCUCCGGGCGUGCUGCACCCAGCCCCUCCGCCCGUGGCACCGCCGCUCCACUCCUCCUCCCCGGCCCGUCUCCAGCAGGUCCUGGACAAGGGCCCACCAAUGGGCUUUGGGACCCACUCGGACGGCAGCAUCCUGCCUCCUCCCCCGCCGCCGCCCCCUCUGCCUCUCCCUGGAGCGCGGAGCAACUCGCCCUGUCUGUCAGGCCCGCCACCAGUGCCGGCCUUCCCCUCGGCCGGAGCCAUGGCCUCCCCGCCGCCCCACACUAUGCACGAUCUGGGGUCAAAGAGGCACCAUUCAGCCAGUCUGCCCCCCAUCAGCGACGCACGCAGCGUCCUUCUGGAGGCUAUCAGGAAAGGCAUACAGCUGCGAAAAGUGGAGGAGCAGCGAGAGCAAGAGGCUAAACACGAGCGGGUCGGCAACGACGUGGCCACCAUCUUGUCGCGGCGCAUCGCUGUGGAGUACUCCGACUCAGAGGACGAGUCCGAGUUUGACGAAGGAGACUGGAUGGAGUGAUGUCGGUCGGGAAGAUGGGGAGAAAAAAGCAGCAGUGGCAGGAGAGGACAAAAUUGUUCAGGUGCGACCCCGCAAAACCCUGCACUCCACACCUCGCCAUCAGAGUCCUUACUACUCCGGAAAGAAGAGGAGAGGAGAGGGUUUUUUUUUUUAUUAUCUCGUGUCUCGUUGUGGUUUGUGUUCGGAGGACAGUCUCCACAUCACCCUUGUCCGUCUUUCCAGUGUUCCAAGAGAGGCUAUUUUGCAUUUGUUUUGUUUUUUUCUGCACUACCACGGGACUUUGUUUCAGCUGGAUUUCUUAUGAUGAAGUCCAUGUUUACUAUUGUAAUACAUAACUUUUUUGAAGAACCACUUGUUUUUAUUUCUUAUCUGUACAUCGAUAUAUAUAUAUAUAUAUAAAAAGAGGGGGGGAAAUGAAGGCAAGUUGCAUCUAUCUUUUAGUUCUCCAAUACAGUUUUGCCACCUGGUGGCUGAACUUGGCAUUGAAUGAAUGCUGUUUUAUCGUCUUUUUAAUUUCCUCUUCCUGCUGAAACAUUUGCAGUUUUAAUAGGCCAGUAGUUGCCGAUACUGACCACUACAGUUCAUGAACGGUCGCUCAGUGUGAACACUAGCUGGGUUGUCUUUCGUUGUUUUCUCUCUUGUUAUCAGGACUGACUUUACCACAAAGGACAAGCAAAAGAUUGUGCCGGUAUAUCACAGGUCACAGGACGAUUGUUGUACGGUUGAAGAUGAAGCAGGGGAAGUAAAUGGCCGGGCGUCUGCGUCGUGUGUGCAUAUCCAUCCACUUGCAUCUGACCAUUACUCCAGGGAAUAUAUAUGCCAAGAGAUUGAGCUUUUUUUUUUGUUGUCUGUCCAGGCUCCGAGGAGCCACGUACGAUCACGUUGACACCUUGCAGUGUCAAUAAUAAACUCUGAGCCUUUUUGAGAAUGAAUCUUUCUCUUACGUUACUCGCCACAGACAUGGACAAGUGGACGUGAUGAGACGCUGUAGUUGUACAUCAGGUUUCCUGCCUCUCUCUCUCUCUCGUUGUUCCAGAUGAAUAUUCAGCGUGCCGAGGGGAAAACGAGCAGGUGCCCACGAUACGGUACGAGCCGCUCGGCACCAGCUGAAGGCAGCUUUGUCCUCAGAGCCCCCUUCACCGUGUACCUGCCCACUAACGAGAAGCCUUACCUCGUCUGGUUCCGCAGCAGCAACUGUUCUGGAAAAGCAUUCAUUCUGCGCGACCGCUGCCUUUUCAGGCGUGAAAGGAGGAGGAUACAUCCUGCCUUGUUGUGGCUCAUUUCGGAGAAAAAUGUCUGCCAUCUUUUUUUCCGUUCUGUUUGUUCGUUCUUUCUUCUACUUGCCUUAUUGUUCGUACAAAAACGUAUCGUUGAGUUGAUGAAUGUAUUGUGCUGUUACUACUUACUUGCCUGCGCUUGUAUGGAUUUGCUGUUUCUAUGUUUGGGCGGGGGGGAGGGGAGGAGAGGGGCGGGACGACACAAAACCCUGGUUCAAAAGAAAGAAAAAAAGAAAAAGAUUAGAUCAAUACUGUAAAACAUGUAACUUAUGUAACUGUUGACUGUAACAGUUUGCUUGAAUUAAUAAAUCUAAUGUUAUGUUUCAGCUCUA